UCUCCGCACUAAGAAACGGCUCUGGCCGCACUCCACGUGUGGUUGUUGUAAACUUUUAACCAUGGCAGGCUCGUUUUCUCAGGAGCUCGAGGACUUGUUGAAUCCUCAGCCGAAAUUCGCAGAUCCGGAGGAUGAUGAUGACGAAGCGACCAAAGCCAGAGUGAUAGAGAGGUUCACCGAGGAGGACGAGGAGGAAGAUGGUGUCGGCCUCAGUGCCCUGCGGAAGCACAACACAUCCCUGCUGUCAGACACGGACAGACGGUAUGUGGGGAAGAAGGUGUCCCGUAAAGACCUGCUGAUGGACAUUGAGGGAUCUGGUGGAGAGGAAGAGGAGGAGGAGGAGGAGGAGGAGGAGGGGGAGGAAGAGGAGGGCAGCAUACAAGAGCUAGAAUUAGAUGAAGGGGAGGAAUCUUUGGGUGAUGAAGAGGAUGAUGAUGAAGAGGAGUUGGUGGGCAGUGAUGCGCAACUAGAUGCUCAACUUUCAUCUAAGAAAAGCGGUGCUGACGUCACUUUUCCUCAGGAAGUGGACUUUCUCAAAAUGACAGAGGGCAUGGAUGAUCUGGGAGUGAGCGAAGAUGAUGAUGAUGAUGACAGUGGCGAGGAGAUUGAAGGCAGUGAUGAAGAUGAUGAGGAUGAAGAUGAGAUGGAAGACGACGACGAUGAUGAUGAUGAUGAUGAUGAUGAUGAUGAGGGAGCUGUUCACACAUUUUCUCAGGAGAAAGUGGACGAGGAGGUCGAGAAAGGGAAGGCUGUGAAGAACCAGCUGGCCUUGUGGGACAAACUGCUGGAGGGCCGAAUCAAACUCCAGAAAGCUCUGGCGACCGCCAACCAGCUCCCGCAGCCGCAGACCCUCCCAGAGUUCAAGAGGAGAGGCGGAGCGGAGCUGGCGGGGCAGCUGAAGAACACCCACAAGGCUCUGAAAGCUCUCCAGAGAUCCCUGCUGGAGCUGCACGAUCAGCUGCUGCACCAGAACGCAGACACGAGGACCAUCGCUCUGGGGGAGGCAGGAGCUCAGGGUGACGACGAGGAGAUCGACAGUGAUGAGGAUGAAGAGGUGUCAGUGCAGGAGCGUGGGGCACCUAAACGAAAACUGGAGAUGGCGGAGUACCCGGACUUCAUGGCCAAACGUUUUGCAGCGUUCCAGCCUUACCGGAACGCCACGCUGCAGAAGUGGCAUGACAAGACGAGACUAACGAUGGGCAAAAGCAGCAAAGGUUUCGGGGCAUUCGACAGAAACAUUCUGACCCAGGUUGAGCAGGUGCUGCUGGACAAUGAGAGGCUUGUGCGACGCACCCAGACCCGGCGCUCUGAAUACAGAGUCCUGGGGAAACCAGAGGCCUCUGCUGUCACCUCUGAGACCGCCCCUGCAGACGGAGAGGAGGCGGAGCCGCAGCUGAAAGCAAACACACAUCUAAAGGAUCUGGACGAGGACAUAUUCGACGACGAUGAUUUCUACCACCAGCUGCUCAGAGAGCUGAUCGAACGCAGGACGAGUGCGGCGGACCCCAAUGACCAGGUGGCCAUGGGCAGGCAGUGGCUGGCCAUCCAGAAGCUGCGCAGCAAGAUCAAGAAGAAGGUGGACACCAAAGCCAGCAAGGGGCGCAAGGUCAGAUUCCACAUCCACAGCAAGCUGGUGAACUUCAUGGCUCCUAUCGACCACAGCUCGGUGAGCGACGAGGCGCGCAGUGAACUGUACCGUGGCCUCUUUGGACAGAACUCCACAGUCAGGGAGUGACGUGGAGGAGGUGCUCAUGUAGAGGACACGCUUAAGUGUCGAGAUGUGAAUGAAGCCUCUCCGCACAUCGUCUGGAAGGAUGGCGAGCAGCAGUUUGUGUUUGGACAGAGACUGAGUCUGCUCCCUGUCAGCAGAGGCUCCUCAGUUACGCUGAAUAUGGAGUCACAGGGCACACACAGCUCUUCAUUUAUACCUUUUAUACCAGUAUGUGUUGCAUAAUGAGCAGUUUGUGAUAAAAUAUGCAAUACAUAUGAGUGUAGGGCUGCAACAGUUAUUUUCAUUAUUGAUCAAUCAUUUUGUCAAUAAAAUAUCAGAAAAUAGUGAAAUGUUUAAUUUCCCAGAGCCCAAAGUGACGUCUGCUAAUGAUGUGUUUUGUCUAUCAGUCCAAAAAUCCAAAAUUAUUCAGAGAAGAGAAUCUGUUCUUCUAAAUGAUCACAAUUAAGAAACAUGAAAUCAGAUUAUCAAAAAAGCUGCCAGUUUUCUGUCGAUCAGCUAAUCGAUUAACUGACUAAUUGUUCUACAUGCACAAUGACUGUUAAGUGGAUUUGAAGGGGGAAAAAAUGUCUCAUAAUUCAAGUAAAGUGUGGACUUCAAAUUACACGGCCUUUCUUUUUUUUAAAUGGUGAACUGCCCUAACAGACAUGUUGUGACCCAGUUCCACACCUCAUACAAACUAUAUUAGGUACACUUAGUUUUUCCAGUUACAAGAAAUCAGUGUACUGUGUUAUACUGACAGGAAACAGGAAGUGAUAUCGCCCUGUAGAAUUGCAGGUUUAAUCUGUCACUGCCAAUAAACUUCACACAGAAACACA